AUGACACACUCCUUGGAACUAAAUCAGAGAACUCUUGUACAAUAUCCCAGUGCGUCACAUCUGCUUGCAGGUGACUUUAAUGCGCACUCGAAAGUUUGGUACUACCCAAGCACAGACGCAAGAGGUAGAACCAUAGAAGAUUUCAUGGCCAGCAAUGAUUUAACUUUGCACAACACUGAAGACAGUCCUCCAACGUAUGAAACGGUUCAUGGUAGGGGUUGGCCUGAUCUAACCUUGACCUCAGCUUCAUUGGCCCCAUUUAUCCAACAAUGGACGGUGCAAGACUUACCAUCCAACUCUGAUCAUUUGUAUAUUACUUACAAUAUUUGCCAUCCACAUACGAGAAUGACCCUCAAGCGCUAUAAGCUUACAAAGCGAAAGACUGCACAAUUCAUAAACAAAGUUCGUUUUUCCCUUAGAAGCGCAGAGGAAGAUCUCACAGCAUGCACUACAUCCCAGGACCUGGAGUCGUUCACCAGCUCUCUGAUCUCCACAAUACAGGACAUCUGCAACAGUACUUUUUCCCUGAAGACACGGAAAACGCUGCAUAUGCCGAACUGGUGGACGAAAGAUCUCCGAGCGCAGCGCAGUAAAACACGCGCAAUGAGAAGGCGCAUGAAAGCAGAAUACGACCAGGAAGCUAGGCUGGCACUCAGCAUCUCAUACCGAAAGGCGCAAGCGGAAUAUAAAAGAGCAAUUCUUAAUGCAAAGCUUGCGUGUUGGAGAAACUUUUGCACUAAUAACACCGAUAUUUAUGGUGCGCUAUUCAAAAUAGCACGAGGUAGUGUCUUUAAACCGCCACAGCUUCGCCUUUUUGACAGUUCACCACCCGAGCAAGAGACUACAAAGGAGGCAGUACUCUCCAAAAUCCUGGAUGCAGUCUUUCCCAACGACAGUCAGGAGGAAUUCACAGAAAAUUCUCACCUGGCAUACCAGCUCUUCACGACGGCAACUGACGAUCCUCCCUUUCAGGAUCCGGAAGUCAACGCUAUCAUGCGUAUUCUGCCCAAGCGAAAAGCACCAGGCCCGGACUGA